AUGCCCGCUCGCAACCCUACCGGCUUCGAUAUUAACCAAUUUAAGGCCGCGGCCUCCCCUUUGUCCGUCUACGCUAAGCGGGAUCCCUGGGCUCGCAAUGAGACCUGGCGUUAUACUGGUCCCUUCAGCCGGUGGAACCGCUUCAAGGGCCUGUUCCCAGGUCUGGGUGUUGCGACUGUCGCCUUCACUGCCUACUGCGCAUACGAGCACUUCUUCCUGAAGGACGACCACCACCACGGUGAUGCCCACCACGGUGAGGGUCACCACUAA